UCCUCGGAAGGGAGGAAACAGUUAAUGUCUCAGGGCAGCUGCAAUCAGCUAGGCGUGGCUCUUUGGUCUGACUUGGGCUACACAGAUCCUGAGCCAAGGGGCAGAGGAAGGACGCCUUAGUCCGCAGAGCCUCCAGAUGGCUGAACUGGAUCUGAUUGCCCCAGGGCCACUGCCCGGGGUCACCGUUCAUCCUUUGGCUCCUCUUGGCCCAGACCCUGGGUCAGCUAUCCCAGUAGAAGAAGAGGAUGUGGACUCUGUGGGGAAGCCAGGAGAGGAAACCCAGGGACAGGGCUGUGAUCCUGCAAAAGUCGGGGCUCCUGGUGAUGAGGGGUCAGAGGAGAUCCUGUGUGACUUCUGUCUUGGGGCCACCAGAGUGAGGGCAGUGAAGUCUUGUCUGACCUGCAUGGUGAAUUACUGUGAAGAGCACCUACGGCCACACCAGGAGAACAGCAGACUGCACAGCCACCAGCUGACGGAACCUGCAAAGGACCGGGAUCUGCGGACCUGCCCUGCCCACCACAGCCCUCUGGUUGCCUUCUGCCACACACACCAGCAGUGCAUCUGCCAGGCAUGUAGCGAGGGUGAGCACAGGGGCCACAACACUGUGUCCCUGGAUGCAGCCCGCAGGAACAAAGAGGCUGACCUUCGGUGCAUGCAGUUGGACCUGGAGCAGAAGCUCAAGCUGAAUGAAAAUGCCAUUGCCAGACUCCAAGCCAACCAUAAGUCUGUUUUGAUGUCCGUGUCAGAGGUGAAGGUGGUGGCUGAAGAGAAGUUUGGGGAACUCCUUGCGGCUGUGAGGAAGGCCCAGGCCGACGUCAUGCUUUUCUUAGAGGAGAAAGAACAGACUGCACUGAAUCAGGUCAAUGGCAUCAAGACCCACCUGGAGUACAGGAGCGUCGAGAUGGAGAAAAGCAAGCAGGAGCUGGAGAAGUUGGCCGCCGUCAGCAACACUGUGCUCUUCCUGGAGGAGUACUCAAAGUUUAAGAAGAUGGAAGAUUCUGCCUUCCCCAGUGUUUACAUAGGGCUGAAGGAUAAACUCUCAGGCAUCCGCAAGGUCAUCACAGACUCAACCCUGCACUUAAUCCAGUUGCUAGAGGGCUAUAAGGAAAAGCUCCAGGAGUUUGCCAAGGAAGAGGAAUAUGACAUCAGAACUCAAGUGUCUGCUGUUGUCCAGCGCAAGUAUAGGACUGUAAAACCUGAUCCCAGAACCCGGGAUGAGUUUCUCCAAUAUGCAUGUGACAUCACAUUUGACCCAGACACGGCACAUAGAUACCUUCGCCUGCAGGAGGACAACCGCAAGGUCACCAACACCACGCCCUGGGAGCACCCCUACCCGGACCUUCCCAGCAGGUUUUUGCACUGGCGGCAGGUGUUGUCCCAACAGAGUCUGUACCUGCACAGGUAUUAUUUUGAGGUGGAGAUCACUGGAGGAGGCACCUACGUUGGCUUGACUUGUAAAGGCAUUGACCGUAAAGGGGAGGAACGAAACAGCUGCAUUUCUGGAAACAACUUCUCCUGGAGCAUUCACUGGAACGGAAAGGAGUUCACAGCCUGGCACAGUGACACAGAGACCCCACUCAAGGCUGGCCCUUUCCGGAGGCUCGGGAUCUACAUCAACUUCCCAGGAGGAACCCUUUCCUUCUAUGGUGUGGAGUAUGACACCAUGACUCUGAUACACAAGUUUGACUGCAAGUUCUCAGAGCCAGUCUAUGCUGCCUUCUGGCUGUCUAAGAAAGAAAACGCCAUCCGGAUUGUGGAUCUGGGAGAGGAGCCUGAGAAGCCUGCUUCGUUCACAGCAGAGGCUACACCCUAGAUUCUAGGAUCUACCUCCCAGACUUUGCUAGUUGUGGCAACUGGAAUGCAGAUGGUAUUUUAAGGUAGACAGAAAUAUCUGCUGCAGACAGUUGGUUCUGGAAACUGUGUGAGUCCUGAACGAACUUUCUCGCCUGCUUAUCAUUACAGUUCUUGUGCAAAUGCAGAAACUCUAAGGUACUCAAGCCUCUCCCUAAAUCUAGUGAUGAGUCUGCUUAGGUGACUGUAACCCUUUACCCAGAAUUUAUGACUAGGGCUCUUCAGAGCACAACAGGACUGCAUAAGGGAUCAUAAUAAAUCACAAACAUAUUGCUGUGCAUUUCUUACAUACUUGACAGUGUCUGGAGUGUUUUCUCUGGGUUAGUUCAUGUCAUCUUCAUGGGGUAACCGGUUAUAUUGUCCUCAUGCUACAUAUUAAGAGACAGUGCCAGGGCGGUUAGCUAACUUGUUUAUGGUCAGGCUGGUCACUCAGUAUAUGAGGGGUAGAGUUGGGAUUCAAGCCGGAACAGGCUGUUGUUGAACUUGUGACUAUGUGUUAUGCUUACCUCAUUAGAUCAUUGUGGUGAUCUGAAAGAAAAGGGCCCCCAAACGAAGUGGCACUAUUAGGAGGUGUGGCCUUGUUGGAGGAAGUGUGUCACUGUGGGGGUGCGCUUUGAGGUCUCUUUUGCUCAAGCUUCCCUCAGUGUGACAAACAGUCAACUUCCUGUUGCCUCUGAGUCAAGAUGCAGCACUCUCAGCUCCAGUACCACAUCUGCCUGCAUGCUGCCGUGCUCCCUUUCAUGAUGAUAACGGACAGAACCUCUGAAACUGUAAGCCAGCCCCCCUCAAUGAAAUGUUUUCCUUGUAAGAAUUCUGUGGUCUUGGUGUCUCUUCACAGCAAUAGCAAACCCUAACUAAGACAAUCACGAACGUUAUGUAAAAGGGGUAAAACACAUGCUAAACUGCACAGCCAACCAACUGUGUCUUCAGCGUCCCUCUUAGAGUUUGCUCAUCUUUUUGCAUGUGCCAGGCUCAACUUGGUCAUCCAGCCUUCCACCAUCCUCAUCCCUCAUCCCUCACACAGCAGCAGCACAUGGUUUUGAACAGCAAGGUUUAGAACAAAUGUUCUAGUGAGGUCUUUUAGGGGAGGAUUCUUUGUCCUUACCUCUAAAGUUACCCAGGCUUCACCGGACUUGUCUAUUAUCUUGUGCAAAGGGAUAGUUCUUCAAGAGUCUGGGGGACAGUGCUCCACUCUCCUAGGAGCUAUUCCUGUCUUGAUGCUAAGCUGAUACUUUCCUCCAUUGUUCCCAUUUCUCCCCGACACUCUGUUGACUACUCCAUUCUCUUUAGACAGAUGACAAACAUCCAUCAAGCCUUCAGGCACACCGUCUUUAACUAGAUUUCUAUGGGCCUAACCUGAAGUCCCUGGUGGGAUUUACCAGAAAUAUUACUUCCCUGUCUUUUCCCAUGACCCGUGUCAAGGCAAAAUCUCUUCCUGUUCAACCAGUCUUGUGAUUUUCAACUUUAUAAAGAGACUCUGUACCAUUGUCACUCAGGACGUGGGCAGUGUGGUAUUUCAAUGCUUUCAUGUUUUCAUAUUUGCUGUGCUGAGAUACUUUCAUGAUCUGUCAUGGAGUACAUCACCCCUUCUUCUAGCAGAAAUAGAUUUUUUGCAGAAUCAAUGGUCUUUUCCUAAGUCUGAACAGUGUCGGUAGAUAUACUGAUUACGACGGGGCCAAAUCCAGAAUGUGGCAGACUUGCUUAACUUCUGGGCUUAGCUACACACUAGUUACUCGGUGGCAUAGCUGUGCAGUGGCAUGGUUCACUCUUUGCCUCACUUUCCCACUGAGUACAGUGAAACACUUUUUCUUUUCUUUUUAUUUGAGAUAGGGCCUCACUAUGGAGCCUAAGCUGGCCUGGAUGUACUACAUAUCCUCAGCUGGUCUCAGACUCUCUUUUCUUAGCUUCCCAAGUGCUGGAGUUAUAAGCAUGAGGUAUCAAUGUGAUGCUCAGCUCCAUGAAGGACCUUUUCAGUAGCAAAAACCAAUGUCUGAAUUUCUUGGAUCUAGCUGUUAAAGAAUACUUUUCAAAAGAGAAAUCAUAUCAUCUUGGCCAAACCCAUUUUAAAAAAAUAAAUUUAUUUUAAGUGGGGUGGUAGUGGUGCACACCUUUAAUCCCAGCACUCGGGAGGCAGAGGCAGGUGGAUCUCUACGACUUUGAGGCCAACCUGGUCUACAAAGCUACACAGAGAAACCCUGUCUCAAACAACCAAAAAAAUUAUUUUUUUUUGUUUUUAAUUGACACAUAAAAGCUAUGCAUAAUUAUGGAAUUUAGUGUGGUUUUCAAUACAUGUAUGUAAUGCAUAAUAACCAAUAAGAGCAAUUAACAUGUCUACCACACCAAAUAUUUAUUUAUUUGUUGUAGGAACAAAUUUUGUCUUCCAAAUGUUUUGAAAUAAGACUGCCUUUAAAAAAAUUGUUGUUAUUGCUGGUAGUUACCAUUUUAAUUGCCACAGACUAUCUAAUAAACAAUUUUGGGAUUCUGCUUUA